ACAGUGGCAUGGAAGGAAGGGCGCAUCUACGCAGAGGUUUAAAAUAUGGAACCCGUGGAUUAUCACAGAAAGGCAUCGGGGAUCCACCUUCUGGUUUUGCGUCGAGAUCAGCCCGUCGUCCUUGCCCUCGCCAACCUCCUCGAAAAAGGUCUUCACCAAUUCAUACCACCACCCUCAACUCGGAGGCGUACCAAUCUUCAAAUCCGUACCGGGCUAUAAGGGGCAAGGCUGCAUUCGGAAAUACCAUCGAUGUCCAUACCCAUUUGUACCUGCCUGGAUACAUGGAUUUGCUGAGACGCCGGGCAGAGGUUCCGCGGAUCAUUCCCGCCCCGCCAGGGAGCGCAUCGGACGCGCCCGAGCGCCUUCUGAUAUUGCCAGGAGAGGAUGCCGACGAAAGUACAUCAUCUGGUCGUCCAAUUGGUAGAGAGUACUGGAGUGUCGAGAAGAAGCUGUCUUUCAUGGAUGUACACGGCAUACAAACUAGUGUCCUCUCCCCCGCCAAUCCCUGGCUGGACUUCCUGCCC